AUGGCCUGUCCACUGAAAAAUCCUCUCUUCUUCUUACUUUUCAUGUUUCUACCAUUUCCCACCACUGCUCAAACUUAUAGAAACAUAUCUUUAGGCUCAUCCUUCAACGCACUGCAAGAUAAUAACUCGUCCUUGCUAUCACCAUCUGGUGAAUUUGCUUUCGGUUUUCGAGAAAUCGCAAAAGAUGGGUUCCUGCUAGCCAUUUGGUUCGAUAAGAUACCAAAUCAAACUAUUGUCUGGUCAGCCAAUGGGGAUAAUCUAGUGCCAAAGGGAUCGAAAGUGGAGCUUACGAUCGAUGGCGAGUUUAUGCUCAAUGGCAAGCGAAUACGGAACACUGAAUUUGUUGGUAUUGGAGUUGCCUAUGCAUCUAUGCUAGACACCGGAAAUUUUGUGUUGGCGAAUCGAAAUUCAUCCAUUGUGUGGGAGAGCUUUAGUUAUCCAACCGAUACAAUUCUACCCUCACAAACUCUAAAUCAGAAUGGCAUACUCUAUGCACGCUACACGGCAACAAAUUACUCGACUGGUAGAUUCCUGCUUUCGCUACAACCUGAUGGGAAUCUUGUACUUGCGACUACAAGGUUCCCACAAAUUACGCCCAAUUACGUGUAUUGGUCGGUGAAAAAUCCAAAUAUUGGAUUUCGAUUCAUCUUCAACGAGUCUGGCUUUAUGUACGUCACAUCCAAGAACGAAAGCUUACUCAGUACCAUAUCAUCCAAUACGGUUUCAAUGCAAGAUUUCUACCAGAGAGCAACACUAGAGUAUGAUGGAGUAUUUAGGCACUAUGUUUACCCAAAAAGCACUAGCUCGAGCGCCCAAAGAUGGCCUAAGGAUUGGUCCACUUCCUCAUCCCCAUUCGUACCUCCAAACAUCUGCACGUCGUUUAUGGAAUCAACCGGCGGUGGGGCAUGUGGCUUAAACAGCUUUUGCACGAUUGAAGAUCAAGGACCGACUUGCCAGUGCCCAAAUGGUUACUCCUUUAUUGAUCCGGAGGAUGAGCGCAGAGGAUGCAAGCAAAACUUUGCUCCACAGAGUUGUGGUGAAACGUCAAAGGAGGAGACAGAUGUUUUCCAAUUUCAAGAGCUGAAUAACGCAAAUUGCUGGGGCGGAGACUACGCGCUUUUUGAGGGGGUACCUGAGGAUUGA